AUGACCACUACCCCUGGCUUAGGGAAUGGAAACCCUUUGGGCAAUGGACUCGGUCGAGCUAGGCAAACUCGACCGAUUGGUCAAGGAGAUGCUCCAAACCGCCACCAACAGAGACAAGGGAUUGUUCCACCACCAGUGCAGAACCACAACUUUGAGAUCAAGCUGGGAAUGAUCAACCUUGUCCAGAACAAGAUGUUCCAUGGAUUGCCAAGUGAAGACCCCAUUGACCACCUUGAUGAGUUUGAUAGGCUUUGUGAUUUGACAAAGAUCAAUGGUGUCUCUGAAGAUGCCAUCAAGCUGAGACUCUUUCCUAUGUCUCUAGCUGACAAAGCUCACCAAUGGGAGAAGAGCUUGCCCCAUGGCACAAUCACCACUUGGGAUGAAUGCAAGAAGGCCUUUCUUGCUAAGUUUUUCUCCACCGGUCGCACAGCCAAGCUUAGAGGAGAGAUAUCCAGCUUCAUCCAGCGAAACAAUGAGACAUUCGCAGAGGCUUGGGAGAGGUUCAAAGGCUACACAAGUCAGUGCCCACACCAUGGAUUCAACAAUGAAUCACUACUCUCCACUCUUUAUAGAGGAUGCUUGCCUAGGUAUAGGGAGAUGCUAGACACAGCUAGCAAUGGGAACUUCCUCAACCAGGAUGUAGAUGAUGGCUGGCAACUUGUGGAGAACAUAGCUAACUCAAAUGGAAGCUAUGGAGAAGAGUAUGAUCGCACCAACCGGAGCUCGACCCACCACUCGAUCGAGUCAGACGAAAAGUUGAGAAAAGAUGUUAAGGCAUUGAAUGAGAAGUUGGAUAAGCUGAUCCUAGCUCAGUCCACAAUGAAGAAAGUCAACUUUGUGUCUGCUGAGGAGAUGGAACCAGUCCAAGAAGGGGAGGAUACACAAUUUGCUGAGGUAUGCUACAUGAGCAAUGGGCAAGGAGGUUACAACAAAGGAUACUAUAACUACAAGUCCAACCCUGCCAUGUCAUACCGCAACACUGAUGUUGCUAACCCUCAGGACCAAGUAUAUCCUCAACAACAAGCAGCUCGAUCGAGUCAAGGCUUCCCCCACCAACCGCCCCAGCCUGCACCUUCACAAGAGAAUGAGCUCAAGGCAAUGCUAAAGCAACUACUUCAAGGGCAAGCUGAUGGGGUAGUGGACACAAGCAAGAAGCUAGCUGAAAUAAACUCUAAGAUCGAGAACCUCAACACAAGGGUUUACUCUCUGGAGAAUCAUGCUUCUUCUGUUGCUGCUGCUACAAAGCAAGGACAACUACCUGGUAAAGCUAUUCAGAACCCCAAGGAACAGUGCAAGGUCAUCUUCACUCAAGAAGGACUUGUUGAAGAAGAGGAUCAAGAAAGGGUCAUUGAAGAUUUUUGUUUACUGCUGAAUGAUGAAGAGAUUGUUGCUGCUGAGGCUCCUGGAGUCCAGAUUGAUCAACCAGAAGUGCAUGCACCUACUGUGGCCAUUCACACUUCACCAGUUGAGCUCGCACGACAAGCUCGAUCGGCAGCUCGAUCGAGUCCAACUCUAGCUCGAUCGAGUCCGACCUCUUCUGUCCCAAGCCUGUUUUGCUUGAUCCUUAACCGGUUGCCGCUUCCUCGUCUCGCCUACUUAGUCAAGGUCACAAGGAAGUGA